AGGAACCAAUGACGCCUUCUGUUUUAGUGCGGAACGUUAAGCGCGAAGGCACGUGUACCUCUGCGUGUCUGCUGGUGUGGGGAGGCAAAAUGUGUGUCGAACAAUAGACUGGCGUAGGUAGACGGCUGGUCAGGAUCGGAGUACGAUAACGCAAGUCUUACCGCUGAUCAUACUCCCGUUUUCUCUUCAGCUGCUUGUGCACUUUCACUUUGGCUGUUCGACUUUUGUUUUGUGGAGCGACUGUGAAGACCAGAAAAAUAAAAAUGGCACGGAACCAAAUAAUCUACAUGAUUUAGAGAGACUCAGAGUGUCCAAGAAGAACGCGGUCCAAUUCCUUGGAACCCCAGAAAGGAAGGGAAAGAAAGAGGGUGCAGCGAAGAGAGAAGUGAAAAAGACAGAAGGAUAGAAAACAAAAAGGACAAAUGUUCUUCUAGUUUGUUUUUCUGGAAGGCCAUCUUUGAUCGUAGCCCCGUCUGCUCUCUGCCCAUCUGGAUGGCUUUUACUGGCCAACUGUCCACAUAAUAAGCAAAAAUCUUGUUUUUUCUGCCUAAUGUUCUUGCCAUAAGGGGACUGCUAUUACCAGUGGAUUAGUUUCAACAUAACGAAUGUAGUGUUGCUUGGCAUCGCAGAUCGCGCCUCAAAAAGCUGCACAAGGUCUUUUUUUUGCAGUUUUAUCACUGUGAUUGAUACAGCUGAUAUUAACUGAAGUACCCAAAAAGCAGUUUGAUUUUUUGCAGAAGGCUGAGACAAAUGUUUACUGCUAUAUCACUAAAUCCUUUUCAGAUUUGUCACAGUCAUACAAACCCAACUUAGAUAUAGCUAAUAUUAUAUGAACUUUUGUGACGCACUCGAUCAGAUUUUCUACCAUUCUUCACUAUGAGUGUUGAUAAUUCAGACCCCACCCCCAGAAGUAACCCUCAAAGAUCAGAGGGAGGGGCUGAGGAAGAGGCGGGGCAUGCGGCCUCCUCUGGCUCGGACAGUGGUGAGACGGGGGCAUCUCCGCGGGGCGCCACGGGAGUCCAGGGAUUGGCCAGGGAUGCAGCCGGCGCCCACUCGGACGACAUGGAUGCCCUGUCCAGUGGAAACGAUUCUGGAGAGCGGGAGAGCGAGGGCGGAAUGGGGAGGGGGGGUGUCUCCAGAGGACGUCAGUCCACCCGCAGCUCCCAGAGCUCCUCCAGUCACAACGGGAAGGACUCCGGCAUGCUGCUGGAGACCACUGAGAGCAACAAGAGCUCCAACUCUCAGAGUCCCUCACCCCCCAGUAGUUCUGCGGCCUAUAGCCUGCUGAGCGCCAGUUCUGAGCAGGACCACCCUUCCACCAGCGGUUGCAGCAGCGAUCAGUCGGCCCGAGUCCAGACGCAGAAGGCUUUGAGGAAAGCCCUCCGGGAGCUGAAGAUCCGGGUGCCAGCUGACAGGAAGGGUCGUUCUGGAACGCUGGAGGCCCUGAAAUAUGCACUGAACUGCGUGAAACAAGUGAGAGCCAAUCAAGAGUACUACCAUCAGUGGAGUGUGGAGGAGAGCCACAGCUGCAGUCUGGACCUUUCCACCUUCACCGUGGAGGAGCUGGACAACAUCAGUUCCGAGUACACCCUCAAGAACACAGACACCUUCUCUAUGGCUGUGUCCUUUCUGUCGGGGAAGGUGGUGUACGUGUCACCCCAGGGCUCUUCCCUGCUGCGCUGCAAGCCCGACAGCCUUCAGGGGGCGCUGUUCUCGGAGCUGCUCGCUCCUCAGGAUAUAAAUACCUUCUACAGCAACACGGCACCAUGCCGUCUGCCCAUGUGGUCUGCCUGCAUGGGUUCAGGCACCUCACCUGUGGACUGCACACAGGAGAAGUCUAUGUUCUGCCGCAUCAGCGGAGGACGGGUGCACCAGGGUGAAAUGCGGUACUACCCCUUUCGCUUGACGCCAUACCAGCUGACCCUGCGGGACUCGGACAUGGCUGCCGCCCAACCCUGUUGCCUCCUUAUCGCCGAAAGAGUGCACUCUGGCUACGAAGCCCCCCGUAUCCCUCCAGAUAAGAGGGUCUUCACCACCAGUCAUACUCCAAGCUGUCUCUUCCAGGAAGUCGACGAAAGGGCAGUGCCAUUGCUGGGCUACCUGCCCCAGGAUCUGGUGGGCACUCCUGUCCUCCUGUACCUGCACCCUGAGGACCGACCCAUCAUGGUGGCCAUCCACAAAAAGAUUCUGCAGUUUGCGGGGCAGCCUUUUGAACACUCGCCCCUGCGCAUGUGUGCUCGCAGCGGGGAGUACCUCACCAUUGACACCAGCUGGUCCAGCUUCGUCAACCCCUGGAGCCGCAAGGUGGCCUUUAUAGUGGGUCGCCACAAAGUCAGAACGAGUCCCUUGAAUGAGGAUGUGUUCAGCCCACCCCAGGGUGGGGAGGGGCGGGCCAUGAUACCCCAGAUCCACCAGCUAAGUGAGCAGAUCCACCGGAUUCUGAUGCAGCCAGUCCAUGCCAGCGGCUCCCAGGGCUACCACAGUCUUGGAAGCAAUGGCUCACAGGAGCAGCACCUGAGCGCUGCCUCGUCCAGUGACACUGCCGCCGAGGACACUGUACAGCUGCGCAAGCCCAUGACCUUCCAGCAGAUCUGCAAGGAUGUUCACAUGGUGAAGACCAAUGGCCAGCAGGUCUUCAUUGAGUCCCGCAACCGCCCCCCACCUCGCAAGCAUGGGGCUGGGGGAGCAGCAGGUGCCCUCAGAGCUAGCGAGGCAGCAAGGCCAGCUGGAGACGAGAAGGAGCCUGUACCACCACCAAAAAGCACGGGUCCUGUGGAGCCAGUGAGGAAGGAAACUCCAACCACCUACUCCUACCAGCAGAUCAACUGCUUGGACAGUAUCAUACGUUAUCUGGAGAGCUGCAACGUGCCCAGCACGGUCAAGAGGAAGUGCGGCUCUUCUUCCUGCACAGUCUCCUCCACCUCUGACGACGACAAACAGAAGGAGACUUCGGUGUCCAACAAAGGUACCCCGGUCGCCCUGGGCGCUGAUGGGACACCGCUGCCUCCACUGACGCUCCACAGUAAGACUGAGAGCGUUGCGUCUAUCACGUCGCAGUGCAGCUUCAGCAGCACCAUUGUUCACGUCGGUGACAAGAAACCCCCAGAGUCAGCAGACAUUGUGAUGGAGGAGGCCCCUCCGACUCCUACCCAAGCCCCACCUCCAUUGCCACCCCCACCUCCACCCAUGGCACAGACACCGGCAGCUCCUCCCAGUCCUGCUCCUCCAACAGCGGAUGCAUGGAGAGGGGGAGCGGGGCGACUGGGUCUCACCAAAGAGGUGCUGUCGGCACACACGCAGCAAGAGGAGCAGGCCUUCCUCAGUCGUUUCCGGGACCUGAGCCAGCUGCGUGUGUUUGACCCCAGCUCGGCUCCCCAGCGACGCCAUACGACCAUGCCAUUCGCAAAAGGUGUGCGCAGCUCCAGAGAUUACCCUGCAGGGGGCAGCAGUGGACGUAGGCGUGGAAGGGGAGGCAAGAGGCUGAAGCACCAGAAAACUUCAGACCACAGCAGUUCUUUGGGGAUUGAAGGAGCUGCUGCUGGACGGCUGGGGGCUGCAGGCACAAAUCCAAAGGGCCCUGUCCCCCAGGCGCCCCCCAUGGUCCCAGGAGCUCCCACCUCUUCCUCAUCCUGGCCUGCCUCUGUGGGUUCCCAAGCCAGCCUGGCUGCUGUGCCGCACCCUCCCGGGGUCGUGCCUCUCUACCCUUUUUAUCCGCCGCCUCUCCCUCAGCCGGUACCCCCCAGUGCCCCGGACUCGCUCCAGUCUGGCCUGCGCUACCCCUUGCAGCCACCCCCCUCUGUGGUUCCCCCAAUGGUGGCGUUUGUUGUGCCCAAUUACAUGUUCCCGCAGCUUAGCUCCUCCAUACCCUCUCUGCCUCAGCCCUUCUAUACCCCCAGUCCUGGGUUCUCUUAUCCAGCAUCUGCACCCAUUCCUCCAGCUGCUCCACAGACCCCGACCCUGCCCGCACAAACCCCCUGUGCUCCAUCACGCUCCAGCACACCUCAGUCCUGCAGUCAGCCACCAAUAGAGCGCGAGGGGGCGGAGUCUCCUCUCUUUCAGUCCAGGUGUUCAUCCCCCCUCAACCUGCUGCAGCUAGAGGAGUCUCCUAGUAACCGGCAAGAGGCUCAGUCAGCUCUCACUGCUGUGCAGCAAGCCACACCUCCAGUGGGAGGGGCUGCACAGGAUUGGACAGCAAAACAGGGAGGUGGGGCUGUGGCGCAAGCAUUACCCAAUCGAGGCAAUGAGCCGAGAGACUCAAAGGAGAAUGAGAAUGGAGAGACAAAUGAAUCCAACCAGGAUGCCAUGUCCACGUCAAGUGACCUCCUUGACCUUCUGCUGCAGGAAGACUCCCAGUCAGGCACUGGUUCAGCUGCCUCAGGUUCUGGGUUCUCGGGUUCUGGGUCUGGAUCCUCGGGUUCUGGCUCCAAUGGCUGCAGCACUACAGGCAGUGGGACCAGAAGCAGUCAAAGCAGCCACACCAGCAAGUACUUUGGCAGUGUUGACUCCUCUGAGAAUGACCACACCCGCAGGCAGCCGACAGGGGGACCUGGUGAGGAGCAGUUCAUAAAGUACGUCCUGCAGGACCCCAUCUGGCUGUUGAUGGCCAACACAGAUGAGGAAGUAAUGAUGACCUACCAGCUGCCCAUCCGGGACGUGGAGACUGUUUUGCGUGAGGACAGGGAGGCCCUACGGGCCAUGCAGAAGCAACAGCCGUGUUUCACAGAGUCCCAGAAGAAAGAACUGAGUCAGGUCCACCCAUGGAUCCGCACGGGACGCCUACCCCGGGCCAUCAACGUCUCGGCAUGUGUAGGCUGUGAGUCGCACCCCUCUGUCCAGGAGACAGCCCCGUUCGAUGUGGAGAUCCACGACAUGGAGUUGGGCAGCGUGCUUGAAACGUCUAAGGAGACAGCCCUGUCAGUAACACCCAUGGAGGAGGAGCUGCAAGCCAGAGCUGUGACUCAAGCCAACGACCAGGAAAUGUCCACAGAGGAGCAGGAGGUGGCCUCGCACACUAAGGAGGAUAAGGGCCUCGAUAGGACUGCUGCGGGCAACUGAGCUGAAGAGUCCACGGUUUACUCAUGUGGCGAUAUUUAGUUUAACUGUGUUAGUCUACAGCCGCGAACUGCAACCUGCAUCCUACUGGCUGCACAUCAGUCAUUGUUCUCGAGGUGCAUGUGACUAAGGACCGCUCUCUUCAGUCUGCUUGUCGUUGGUGACCGUGAACCUGUUGCUCACUGGCAGUCAACACGACCCUUUGGUGCACUUUUGUCAGCGAGAACCCGACGUGAACCUGACGUGAACCCGACGUAAACCCUGUUUGCACCACCAGUGUACCCUUCAGUGGCCAAAGUCACAUUGCUAAAUUAGUUGUGGUUUGUUGUAACCACUGUUGUCCGGUCUUGAAAAUUGUAUGCCUUGAAAGAAAAGAAAGGAACAGUAAUUAAUCUAUGCCAGUGUGGUUAAAAGCCAGAACGUGCAAGACUGAACUGCUGGUUUCUUAAGCCAGCUUAAUGUUGUGAAUUUAGGCAUAGCCUCAUGGUAAACUGACGUCUGAGAGGUGGUACGCACACUUUCCUCUCCCGGUAUUUAUUUUUUUUAAUUUAACAUCCUUCGUCAAAUAAAUACAAUAAAAUUGCACAAAAAGACAAAGAAUGUGUAGCAAAUGACCGCAAGGGAUCUUGAAUCCUUCUGCUCUUGGCCCAGAAAGCACUGCUUUGCCUGAAUUGUACCAAUCUUCUCAGAGUCAUCCGGAGAAGGAUGGCUGUUCGGCUCCCAAACUUUUUUUUUUUUUUUAAAAAAGUCAGGUGUGACCAAAUGUUCGGGUUUUUUUUUGUUUUGUUUUUUUUUAACAUAGUUUGUAUAUUUUUGUAAGUUGUAUAUACUAAUAGGUACUUAAAAGGGCAGGACAGCAACACACUCAGUACAUACAUUGUGACAAAAAGGCCGAUUCCACAGUAGGAUAGAAAGGUGUUUCCACUGUUACUGGAUGUUGGAGGACUUUCCAUGCAUUUUGAGCUGGAUUGUGAAAUGGAACAUGAAUGUGUUUUGAACACCUUGUGCACUUGCCAGGACUGGAAAUGGGACAGUGCCCUUGAGCUCUGCCUCCAGCCGCAUCCCUGAGGUGGUGUCCAGAUCUAUUUCUAAUGGACCCAGGAGUGCGAAUUACUGUUGUGAGUGACACACCAGCCCUGCUUCACACAAACUGGUGUGCAGGAAUGCGCCUGAAUCCCAAAACCACAGUCCGCUUGGGGGAGAGCCGUUCUGGACAUUUCAGCUCCCCUCGUCUCGCUGUCACUCGGUGUAAGUCCAGCUGUUAGAGUGACGUAUGAGUCUUCAUUGCAUCAGUGG